AUAAAAUGGUGAAACUAAUUCACACCUUAGUUGAUCACAGUGAUGAUGUCAACUACUGUGCCUUCUCCUCUUCCUGCUUGGCUUCUUGCUCUCUGGACAAAACAAUUCGGCUCUAUUCUUUAAACAACUUUAUUGAACUUCCCUACUCACCAUUGAAAGGUCACACUUAUGCUGUCCACUGUUGCUGCUUUUCUCCUUCUGGACACAUUUUAGCUUCAUGUUCAACAGAUGGUACUACGAUGCUGUGGGAUACUCAUAAUGGUCAGACGCUGGCAGUUCUGAAGCAGCCACAUGGCAGCCCUGUAAGAGUCUGUCGAUUUUCUCCUGACUCCACUUAUCUAGUUUCUGGUGCAGCUGAUGGUAGCAUUGUUCUUUGGAAUGUGCAGUCAUUGAAAUUGUACAGAUCUGGGAGUGUUAAGGAUGGUUCCCUGGUGGCCUGUGCGUUUUCUCCUAAUGGAAAUCUCUUUGUCACUGGAUCAUCAUGUGGAGAUUUAACCAUUUGGGAUGAUAAAAUGCGGUGCUUGUAUAAUGAAAAAGCACAUGAUCUUGGUGUCACCUGCUGUGAUUUUUCUUCGCACACAGUUUCUGAUGGAGAACAAGGUUCCAGAUACUUCCGAAUGGCAUCUUGUGGUCAAGAUAACCAGAUCAAGCUUUGGCUUAUUUCGUUUGUUGAUUUCUUAGGUUGUGAAUUAAAAUAUGAAUGCACGUUGAAUGGGCACACUGCUCCGGUGCUGGCUUGUGCUUUUUCUUAUGAUGGGCAGAUGUUAGUCUCAGGAUCUGUGGACAAAUCCAUCAUAAUACAUGAUACUAAAACUCGGAGCAUCCUUCACACUUUAACUCAGCACACCAGAUAUGUUACAACUUGUGCCUUUGCACCAGAUAUUCCAUUACUUGCAACAGGUUCAAUGGAUAAAACAGUGAAUAUCUGGCAAUUUGAUCCAAAGCAACACUGUACAGGGAGUUUACUAGAAGAUGAACCAAAGAUGUCUGUUGAGAACUGGUCAGAGGAAGAAGUCUCCGUCUGGCUUUGUGCACAAGGUUUAAAAGACCUUGUUGGCAUUUUCAAGAUGCAUAAUAUUGAUGGCAAAGAGCUGCUGAGUCUUACAAAACACAGUCUGACUAACGACUUAAAAAUUGAGUCUCUAGGUUUACGCACUAAAGUUUUCCGGAAGAUUGAGGAACUGAGGAUCAAAGUGGAUUCUGUUUCUCUUGGUAUUCCUGAUGAAUUCUUAUGCCCAAUAACUAGGGAGCUAAUGAAGGAACCUGUCAUUGCAGCAGAUGGCUAUUCCUAUGAAAAAGAGGCAAUGGAAAACUGGAUCAGCAAAAAGAGACGGUCUAGUCCUAUGACAAAUCUCCCUCUUCACUCUCUUGUGCUUAUACCAAAUAGGACUCUGAAAAUGGCCAUUAAUCGCUGGCUAGAGACUCAGCAGAAAUAUAAUGAAACAACUUAGCCUUGAAUACAUCAAUUGUUCUAAUUUGUUAAUUACAAUGAAAUUGUAGGUAAAGGAAGGAAAUAACUAUCAGAUAUCUUAAAACACUGGAAAGGGAAAAAAGAUACAGACUAAGGACAUGGACAGAAGUGUAACUCACAUAGAGUCCUUUAAAUGUAGAACUUUAAAUUAAAAAAAACCUGUUGGUGCCUAAUAGAGGGUUUUUUUUUAAUAUUUGAGCUUUAAUUAUAGUAGUUUUGUGUAAGAAAGUUUAAAAGCUAAUUGAAAAUAUGUAGGCUUGGCAGAAUUUGAUUUUUAUUUUUUUAGUUUCAAUAAAUAAUUAUGCUCGUUUUAAAGCAUUUUUAAAUGUUCAUGGUUGCAGGGAAUUACGGUGGCAUGGGCAGUUUUUUAAGGACAGUUGAUGGUAAGAUUCAAAAAGCUGAAGCAAAAAACUGUCAAUAUCAUGUCAAAGUAUACAAAGUUAAUAUCCUUAAAUCAAAAUCUAAUACAUUCUCAAGCACCAUUUUUCUUAGUUUGCCUAUCUGUAAAUUUAGCAAUGGAAGUAUUUUCAUCUGUUUGAGUGUACAAUGAAAUUGAUGUACAUCUACUUUAAAAAAAAUCAAAUUCUUCCAACCCUAAAUAUAUGCAUGCUUAAAUAAAUAAUGAUAUAAUGUAUGUUUUUUGAGUGUGUGUCAAAAAAUCUGGUAUUUUGUUUGCAGUAGUUAUAACAAAAGAACAUUAAGGUUGCAAAGUUAAGCACUCAAAAGUUAGGAAUUGCCAAUAGUAAGGAUCGUGAAACCUUUGUUUUGCCUCUUUGUACAUGAUAGUCUUUAAAUUGUAUUACACACUCUUUUUGCAUCAUCUCUUUGUUUCUACUCAGAGAAAUGAGAUCCUGAAACAACCUUACAACUUGUUAGAAGGGCAGACAGCAUACUUAAAAUUAUCCAGCUCUUUUUAAAAAUGGAGUAGAAUUGUGUGAUAUGGUUGUUUGUAAUAGAGAAGAAGGUGCAACUCAAUAGCCUUGUGUUUUGCUUCUAAAGUUAACAUUUCAGGAUUUCAGCUGGUUACCUGCUGGGAUCUGAAGAGAUUUCCUUCCUGUCUAUGCAUUCUUCAGUGUUGUCGUCUUCUUCCUCUGAAGCAUCAACAAUGGCAUAUCUGGACAAUGGGAUUUUGGGCAGAGCAGAGGUUGCGCAAGCCAUUUUCUUAGAUGCUUGACUGGUUGGUUCUUACCCACAUGCUCAGUGUGUACCUGAUUAGCCUAUGUGAGGUCAAGGAGAAAUUUUGCUCCAGGUCAGAUUGACAGACUCUGGGGUUUUUUAUUUCUUUCCAUUGAUGGGUUUAUUGUAUGGCGACUGGGUAGUAGUGGCGGGCCACUGAUAAACUGGUCAGAUUAGAUGAUCUUGUGAUCUUUUCUGGCCUUAAACAGUAUGUUUUGGGUAUCUUCCUCACCUUAGCUCUUUGUUCUUAAGCUUCAGAGGCGUAGCCAAGUUAGUCUGUAACCGGAAAAACUUCUAGACUAUUUGUUGUUGUUGUAGCACCUUAAAGGCUAACAAAGCUUAUGCUCCAAUAAAUCUGUUAGUCUAUAAGGUGCCACAGGACUUCUCGUUGA